AUGUUGCGCUUUUUAAGUCGUCGAAAGGUGCGUAGCAACUAUGUGGAAAGCAGAGGUGGCGUUGCCGGUGGUCCCGGCGGAGCUGGUGUUACAAAUGCAAACAGUAGUGGCGGCACACAAAUUAAGGCGCAGCGCAUGCCAGUCAACAAAAAUAAAAUUGAGUGUCGUGUAGUGCUUUUAGACAAUACAGAUCUCUCUAUCGAACUAUCAAAAAAGKCACUCGGCAGCUUCUUAUACGAACAAGUCUUCUAUGCAUUAGACGUAAUCGAAAAAGAUUAUUUCGGUUUGCAGUUUACUGAUGCGAACCAUGUUAAGCACUGGCUGGAUCCUACAAAACCUAUAAAGAAGCAAGUAAAGAUCGGACCACCAUACACCUUUCGUAUGAAAGUUAAGUUCUAUUCGUCGGAGCCAAACACCUUACGCGAGGAGCUGACACGCUACCUAUUCUUCCUACAAUUGAAACAAGAUCUACUAGAAGGUCGCUUAGAUUGUCCCGAUGACAAAGCUGCUGAAUUGUGUGCGCUCGCAUUGCAAUCUGAGCUUGGUGAUUACGAUGAGCAAGUGCACACAGCGGCCACAGUUUCGGAAUUCCGCUUUGUGCCGGAACAAACUGAGGAUCUCGAAAUUGCCAUAUUGGAUGAGUAUAAGACAUGUCGCGGUCUGACGCCUGCGCAAGCAGAAACUGCCUACUUAAAUAAAGCGAAAUGGUUGGAUAUGUAUGGCGUUGAUAUGCACACAGUCUUGGGCAAAGACGGUUGCGAGUAUCAUUUAGGUCUAACACCAACUGGCAUUUUGGUUUUUGAGCGUGAUCAAAAAAUCGGCUUAUUCUUUUGGCCGAAAAUCAGUAAAUUGGAUUUUAAAAAGAAGAAACUCACGCUAAUCGUCAUCGAAGAUGAUGAUGAAGGACGCGAGCAGGAACACACCUUCGUCUUUCGCUUAUAUAACGAGAAAGCAUGCAAACAUUUGUGGAAGUGUGCUGUAGAGCAUCAUACAUUCUUCCGUUUGCGAGCGCCGGUCAAAGGGCCUUCGGCACGUCAAAACUUCUUCCGUAUGGGUUCACGUUUCCGCUACUCUGGGCGCACAGAGUUUCAAACGACACAGCAAAGUCGUGCUCGACGCACUGUACAAUUUGAACGUCGUCCGUCACAACGUUUCGCCAGCCGUCAAUCGCAUCUGCUGCGUGAUCAUCAAAAAGCUUCACAAGAAGCGGCCGCCUCAGCUGUAGCCGCGGUAAAUGCACGUGCCGCAGCAGCAGCCGCCGCCGCAGUUGAACCGGCUAACACUACACUCGACUCGUUACUCACGAUUACGUCGACAGUCGAGUCGCAACUGUCUAAUGUGGCUACACCCUCGCCAUCCAUACAAACAGUUAUUUACAAUGCCAAUACAGAUUUGCUCAAUAAUACGGCAACAAGCAGUGCAGCUGCGGCGCGUAUCGGUAGUGGUGGCGUGCGUCGUAAUUCCAUGCGUUCGGAUUCAAGUGGCGAAGAAAGCGGUUACACGAAACUCGAUUGUUACAAUAAGGAAGCUUUGGCAGUGAAGCUUGACACUGAUUCCAUUGGUGCAACCAGUAGCGUAUAUCCACCGACUACAACGAAAAAUGCCGAUGAUACUAAUCCGUUUAGAAACAAUGCCUCCUCGCAUCAUGGCUCUUUCGGCAAAGCGUCCAUCAGCUCCGGCUUCAGCAUUAGAAGUGCCUUAUCGGACAAAGAUAAAGAGCUAGAUUCAUUACUUAAGUCCAUUGUUAAAGAUCCAUCCCCAUCUAUACUAGCAACUGAAGCUAUUAAUGAUGCUAACAGUAUCAGGGUAACGAUAAAUAAAACCUUCGAUAUGGAACAUAACACCGAGACAUUGAAGCGUCUUUCCAGCUCAGAUAAGCCGAAUAAUCAAGUGAAGCUGGCAAAUGUCGGCGGUGGCGCACUGCCGCCCGGACAUAUAAAAUGCAAUAUUUUGAAAGCGCGCGUCGAAGAGGAGCUUGGCACUGGUGUGCAUUCCAAUGCCAACACGAAUGCGAAAAUGACAAAUCAAAUGUUUGUGCCCGCGCCAAGCACAGUGCCACACAACAACAGCAAUAGCAUCUUCAGCAGUAUUAAUACGAACAACAACAAUACGAUGUAUAGUAGUGACGGCCCAGACUCAUUAAACGCCACGUACAUUUCUGUGGGCGGUGAUAAACUAACUUUGAGCAUAACGGAACAAAAACCAACUAGCAGCACCGCAAUCACUGUGGGCAGUGGCAAUACAGAGGCGAAUGCCUCGAACACCUACUUUGCCGAGGCGACUGUUUUGCCAUCGCCCACAACACCAUCGGCGCGAAAGAUAACCGCUUCCAAAACGACAAUUUCGCCAUUUUCCAAUGCCACUUUCAUAUCCGAAUUCAAUAGCAUGAGCCCCAACGCAUCGUCGUCGUCGUCUUACAAUAAUACGCAUGCAAGCACAGUUUUCACCACAACAACAGCAAAUCCUACCAGCGCCAACGAAACAUUCACAAUUCGCAAAGGCAAUGCCACAACAACGACAGGUGAUAAUUUGUUGUUGACACCCACUACGCCAACAGCAAAUAUUGCCACCAUAACCACGCCACCACCAACACCUACACACACAUUCAGCGCCACAGCUGCGAGCAAUGCUUCCGCUGCGGAGCGUUUAAUUAACGAGAUUUUCAUCAAUAACAUAAUAAAUAAUAAUGUGCGUGCCACGAAUGAGAAGAAGUCUGCCAGCAGCACGCUUAUUGGUAAGAGUAACGAAACGGAAUUGGUCAACUUCGAUGGUAGCAACAUAUCGCCGACCAAACCGUCCGCUGGCACAACACUAUUCUCCACGUUGCGCGAGCAAGAACGCCAGCAGCAACAUGUAAACGAUGUGACUAACGAACAGGAGCGCUGUGAAACUGAUGCGCAAAUGCUAAUGCAAAAAGAAAUUGACAAUAAGCAUCAAAAUAAUCAUUCCGUCACUCAUAUUCCGAACAACAACGACAUGGUGUCACCUUGGCUGGUUUCAUCCGAAGUGGUUUCAGCGCCUAAAGGCAAAGAACCAACUAUUAUACGAAAAUCCGUUAUAACAACGCAAUUGUAAGUGCUCAAUUUUCCGAUAAUUAAAUUAGUUAGACAACAGUUUAGAGAGUGCGACCGUUAAGUGGCCUUAAUUUAUACAAAAAUGUUAGAAAUUUAUUUAUUGAAAUUUUAAAGGAACAUGUCAAUGCAUUUGUGCAUGACGUAAGUGCCGAUUAUAUUAAAAAAAGACGAUUCCAUGAAGUAAUAUAUUUAAAAAAGCAUUCCAGAAAUUAGAAAAGUUUUAAGCGCAAGUAGAAAUUUAUUAUGUAGCAAGAUGGCAUAAGGGCUCAACUUGUAAAGUUUUGAAAACUGCAUGAACAUUUUUUAAGCAAAUUUAUUUAGGCAGAAAAAAAUAUUGAACCGGGUAUGUAAAGUUUGUCAGGAAGUUUGUAACACGCAGCAGAAAACGAUAUAUUAUGAUUAGCAUGUCGAGCUGAGCCGAUUCUGCCAUGUCCGCCUAUCUAUCCAUAUACAUAUACAUAUGUCAACUGGUCCCUCAGGUUUGAAAUAUCGAUUUGAAAUUUUACACUUGUCCUUUUUUGACCGAUAAGUUGCUCAUUUGUUGGCAUCGGACCACAAUAUCCUAUAACUGCCAUAAAACUAAUCGCUCCAAAUCUGAUCCUUAAGUGGAAAACUUUCCUAUUUGAGAAUUGUCUACAACAGUGCAACGAUCUGCGAACAUAUUGUUCAUAUCAGAUCACUAUAUCAUAUAGCUGUCGUAUAAAGUGAUCGUUUCAAAUCAGAUUCUUAUAUGGAAAAUUUUUUUAUUUGACUACAUAUAGUCCCCAAAUUUGGCAUGGGCUAUUAUCUAAGACAAUGCAACGAUAUCCGAACAUAUUGUUCAUACCAGAUCACUAUAUCCUAUAGCUGUCAUACAAAUUCACCGUUCAAAAUCAACUUCUUGUAUGGAAAACUGUUUUUAUUUGUGAGCUAUAAUACGCUUUGGUCAAUCAAAGCAAACGUGUUUCUUGUUCUAAUUGCAGCUAACGCGUUUCUAGUUUAUAGAACUGAAACGUUUUCUACUAAAUCAACAUGAACGCUUAUGCCUCCGCUACUUAGAUUUCUGGCCUACCUAUUUAUUGCGGCAUAGCAUUUUAAUUACGUUAAACGAAUUUUCCAUUGCUAGCAGAAUGCUUUCAUGCGUACUUAAUACAGAAUUCCAUUUUACCAUUUAUACUUAUAUACACACGCAAACAUAUACAAAACUUUGGCUUAAUUAAAAUAUGUAAAUGUGUAGAGACUAUGCGCAGCUUAUUAUGUACUUAAGUUUCCUCAAAGAAUAAGAAUUGUAAACGUAUGUAAGAAUCACUAACACACACAUAUUUAUUAUAUAUGUGUAUAAAAACUUUUAAAACUAUCAACAACUGAGCAAUGAUAAAAAACGAAACGAAUGUUUGUGCCUUAUUGUACUACAUAAAUACAUAUAUACAUAUAGAGUUCCAAUAUUACUAAAGUUAAAGCAAUUGUUGCGCAUAAGUGCCCGCCUGAAAAGCAUUUUGAAGAUCCCAUCAACACAUGUCCAAAUGAAAGUAAGUGUUUAUAGUAUUUCUACUUAGAGCCGCGUAUGGCAUUUGAACUUAAGCGAGGUUUGUGGUUUACUGUUAUGUCAAUGAGGUGUCUCAAAUGACACCCCUUUAAUUUCAUAUUGCAUUCUUUAUGAGUUAUUGAGCAUGAGUUAAUAAUGCAACAGUGUAGUGUGUGCGUAUGUGUUACAUAAAUCAAUUUGAAGCGUGCACUCGCUUGUAAACGCUAUUAAUCAAUUUCGCGCACAAAUAUUUGUGUGUGUGCGUUAACAAGUUGAGUUGACACUUGCCAAAAGCGGUCAUUACACAUUUUU